UGACGUCAUGAGUCCAUGGAAGAAUAUAAUUAUGGAGAUGAUGCAAGUGACAGAAUGAAAAAAAAGGUUUAUAAAUUAGAAUGCCUUCCGAACAUUUUCAUUCACUUUAGAAGAUCAAUCCGAGAGUGCAGGCGUUCCUUAAGCAGUUAAAAAAGAUUGUUAUAUUUUCAGAAUGGCCACCACGGAAGUAAAUAUAACAAACGAAACGAAAAUGCCCAUUACCGGUAAUGGAUACCCAGUUUAUUCUGGCUACCCUCCUCAACAGAAUUACGUCACACCCGGAGCCCCGCCUUCUUACCAAUCAGUCGAUACCGCACAACCCACAGCUGUUGUAGUGAAUCACAAUGUUCCACAUAACCAGGGAAUUGUCAGACAGGCUCCCUCGCAGCAACCUAUUCGAGAUUAUACUGUAUUUGCUGUCAUCGUCACAAUCUUGUUCUGCGUACCAUUGGGCAUUGUGGGAAUUGUCAAAGCAUCUGAGGCGAGAAACAAGCGCAACCUAGGAGACGAUGAGGGCGCCAGAGAGGCUGCUCAGAGUGCAUUCAGAUGGUCCUUGAGCGGUCUCAUUAUUGGAUCUAUUGUUCUGGCGAUUGUCAUAGUUUAUUAUGCAGUUCUCCAGUCCCAAUAUAUUGACUUUUCAUAUUAAGAUGGUCUCAUCUGUACUCAAGUUCAAGGACGCAGCUUUCGCGUAUGUCUGUUCAUAAUAUUUGUUUACCGACCAAUCGUGAGACAAAUCCGAAUCAAGAAGAUCUAAGUGCUCCGAACUUAAAUGCCGUUUUCUUUUUUUCAUAUACACGGUAUGGUAUAGCCAUGGUUGCGUAAUGGCGACUCAUUUAUCAAGAAGAGAAAGCAUCGCACUCCCGGAGUAUGAUGAAUGGGUUUCCGUUUUCAAACUUCCGUAUCACAACUUUUAAUAUGAUUAUAUUUCUGUUUGUGGUAACUCCCGUAGGAACUCGGCAGGACAGCAUUUUGCUGGUAAACGCCAAGC